UUUUCCAGCUGCGGCCGGCCUGCCAGCAAGUGUACAACCUGUUCCACCCCGCGGACCCAUCGGCCUCCCGCCUGGAGCCACUGCUGGAGCGGCGCUUCCAUGCCCUGCCGCCCUUCAGCAUCCCCCGCUACCAGCGCUACCCGCUGGGGGAUGGCUGCUCCGCGCUGCUGGCAGAUGCACUCCAGACCCACACCGUGGUCUUCCAAGAGCAUGCAGCCCCCUCCUCGCCCGACACGGCCCCCACUAGCCGUGGCUUCCGCCGAGCCAGUGAGAUCAGCAUCGCCAGCCAGGUGUCAGGCAUGGCCGAGAGCUACACGGCAUCCAGCAUUGCCCAGAGUGAGUGCACGGCCCGCCUCCCUGUGCCCUCCUCUCCGGAGCCAGCUGGCUGUGUCUGGAGACACUUCUGGUUGCCACGGCUGGGGAGGGGGCUCUAGUGACGUCUAGCGGGUGGAGGCCAGGGACCUGCUGAACAUUCUAUGAGGCCUGGGACAGCCCACAGCAGAGUGGGCCACUCCAAACAGACAGCAGUGCCUGGCUGAAAAGCACUGUCCCCUCAGGAGGACUCUGGAGAGAGGGGCCUUCAGACGGCCCCAUGGCCUCCCUCGCAGUGGGAA